UUUAAUGGAACAUUUUAAAUUAAUAUUUGUGCUAAUCCUUCAAUAACGUAUAGAAAGAGUAUGAUUUCAGAAGAUAACCUCAAAGAUUUCAAAUCGUAACCCCAAUUUUUCCUAUUCCUACGUUUUAAUUAUCUUGUAUCUUAAAAAGUUAUAAUAAUGGCAAUGGCUGGUGAUGUUUUAUUACGAAACCAACACUUUAUCAAUAAUGUUCCAACGGUACCCAUUGAAAGUCUGCUAGGUUUGGUUUCUUGUAACCCCCAAUUGGCUUUAUUCGAUUUUGCAAAUGUGGUUGUUCGUAAAGAUUACGAAGAAAUGGAUGAAGUAAAAUUAAUUGCUGGAGGAGCCUCGGGUCACGAACCCUGUUACGCUGGAUUUGUUGGUAAAGGAAUGCUAACGGCAGCCAUACAAGGUGAUAUAUACAUAGCACCAUCCAGCUUAAACAUACUUCGUACAAUACUUGAAUUAUCCACCGAAAGAUGUUUAGGCGUUUUAGCUAUAAUUGCUAAUAACUGUGGAGAUCGAUUAAAUUUUGGAUUAGCCAUUGAAAGAGCGCAAAGUAUGGGUAUAAAAGCACGAUUAUUAGUUGUUACUGAUGAUUGUAGUAUGAUGCCUAAACCUAGAGAAAAACGGGGCCUUACCGGAGUUUUUAUUGUACAAAAAAUCGCUGGGGAAUUAGCAAAAUUAGGAAAAACUGUAGAAGAAAUCUAUGAUUUUUGCGAUGAUUUUCAAAAAAAUAUAUUUUCUAUUUCUGUUUCUAUAAAACAGUGCAAAAAUAUUGAACUAGGUAGUUGUUACACAUGCGAAUAUAGUUUACCAAAAAUCAGUUUAGAAAUUGCUGCUGGUUUACACGGCGAAACGGGAAAUAUUCAAAUGCCACUAACAUCAGCAGAAAAUAUUUGUAAAAUCAUCUUCAAUGAAAUGACAAAUGAAAACAAUGAGCACAAAUUAAUGAUUGACGCGACAACCCCUGUAAUUGUAUUAGUAAAUAAUUUAGGGUCAGCUUCAAAACUAGAAGUAAACAUUUUUACAAAAGAAAUUUUAAGUUACUUAAGAACGUUAAACGUCCCAGUCAUUCGAGUUAUCAUAGGAAAAUUCAUAACCUCAAUUGAUAUGCAUGGAUUUAUUAUAACAAUAAUACAAUUAAAAGAUCCCACCACCAUCCUUCCUAUGUUGGACGAAAAAGUAGAUUGCGCUGCUUGGGUCCAACCGUUAAUCUUAGACAACACCCCAGAUAUCAAUAUGUUAGAAAGCAAAAAUAAACCUUCAAAUAAUUUCGAACUCCGUGGUCCACGUUUAGGAAAAAGACAAGCAAAUACGUUUCUUUUAGUCAUUCAAUUUGCUUGUGACGCAUUAAUUUCUUGCGAGAAACAAAUCAAUAUUAUCGAUUCGGAAUUUGGGGAUGGAGACGCAGGUACAAGAAUAAAACAAGCCGCUGUGGCUAUUAACGGUCAAUUGCCGUCACCAAAUUUAAAUUGUCCGUUUGUGUUUUUACUCAAGAUUGGUUCAAUUUUUGAAACAGCAACCGGGGGAACUACGGGUUGUUUAUAUGCUAUUAUGUUUGAAGCUGCAGGGAAACAAUUUAUGGACGUUGAUGAAAAUCUAUUGGUUGAUGGUAAAAUGUGGUUACAGGCAUUGAAAAGAGCUAUAUCCGCUUUAAUUAUGUACACACACAGUAAAGAAGGUGAUAUGACACUAAUAGAUCCAUUAUGUACUUGUGCUCGAGUAAUGGAAGAAAGUCUAAAUUCCAAUAUGAGUGAUGUGGAAGCUUUUGGUAUGGCCGUAGCCUCUGCGGAAGAAACCGCUCAAAGAACUAAAAUUGAACCUCGAAGUUAUCCAGAUCCGGGGGCUCACGCCGUUGGUAUUUGGCUCAGAGCUGUUUAUGAAGGUGUUAAAUUACGUUGCGAGUAAUCUUUUUUUUAUUACAUAUUUUUGAAAUAAAAAUCGUAUUUGUUUGUUAUCUUAA